AUGGACGGCCGGCAGCAGUUUGUCCCGGGUCCUCCACCUCCUUCCCAGGCUCACAUGAACCUACCGCCACCUCCACCCCGUCAUCCAUCGGCCCAAGCUCCAACCCUAGUGCCGCCUCCACCUCCUGGUCCGCCUCCGGGGGCAACCUAUGGGGCGCCAACAGGAUGGCAGCAAAACUGGGGAAGACAGCCGGUCAAUCCUGGAUUUCCACCUCCCCCGCCACCACCUCUUGUCGCGCAAAAUCAACAUCUGGCGUACGGUCGCCCGCCGGCUCAGUUGUCGAUAGUCCCCCCACGGCACGACCACCAGCCUCUCACCUCCGCGACCUACAUACCCGGACACGAUACCAUUGGUGUGGGGAUACCGGGGCUGUUCGAUCCCCACGGACGGGCUCCGUAUGAUCCAUACGCACACACUACUGCCGAGCGACAACGAAUAGGUCUCAGUCAAAUGCAUGACCAUGUCAACGCCUCGAGCCCGUAUAAAUCCGACCCAAAUCUUCCUCAGACCCCGGGCGGACGCACCAUCGCUCCUCCCUACGCUCUCCAUGGCAAUAUUCAUGAGUUGUCCCACAACGACAGCCCACAGCUUCAGGGGACACCGCAAACCACCGAUGUCGUCAAGUCGUCAAGCCAUCGACACAAUAACAGCAAUGUCUCUCUGGGCGGCCUAUCUCCAAGUGAAGCUGCGAUCCAAUGGCCCCUAGAUAGAGUGCUUAUAUGGCUUGCGAGGAACGGGUUCUCCAAUGAUUGGCAGGAGACCUUUAAAUCGCUGGAGCUUCAAGGGGCCGACUUCCUUGAGCUAGGCUUGGGCGCUGGUGGGCGAGGAAACCUAGGGAAAAUGCAUCAGGUGGUCUAUCCUCAAUUGGCUAAAGAGGUCGGCCUAAGCGGCAAGAAAUGGGAACCAAGCCGGGAAAGAGACGAAGGAAAGCGCAUGCGCAAACUGAUUCGUCAAAUCCAUGAUGACUCGCAAGACUACAGCGUCUCUACACCAUUGAACCAAUCGCAGCCACCGGCGAACGCAUUUCCAGAAAGCAGCACGGGCUACUUUGCCCAUCAUUUCCCUGAGCCGCGCUCUGCAGGGCCUGUUCCUGGUGUCAAUGAUGUUAGCCCGGAGCAUCUGAGUGCAUUGCAAGCCUCUUCCAACCAUAAUCAAAAGCAAACUGGUCAGCGUUCAGUGACAAUGCCAGUUCCCACGGGUCAUGACUCGCCAAGAUACGAGUCCCCACGAUAUGACUCUCCCGCUCGGGAAACGCCACAUUGGCUCCGGUCUGACUACUCCAGGAAUGCUUUGGCGAAUAUCAACAGUGAUCACCGACGUCAGAGUCCUUCGGUUGGCAGCGAAACUGGCACAUUCCAAUCCUCCGCACUGCGACCGCAAGACAGCCCGCAGAGUGGCAGUCCAGCCCUGCAGCACAUAUCGCCAAAUUAUGCAGCGUUUUCUUCCUCUGCUGGAGAUCUGUCUCUAAAGUAUGAUCACUCUCGCGGCAAUAGUACGGACUCGAUUCCCGGUAUGGGUCGGGGCACCACGGGUCGGUACUAUGACGCCCGUAGACAAGCCCAAGAAGGGGCCCGUCCAUCUCCCCAUGAUGCAUCAGGUCGGCAGUGGAGUGGUGAAACAUCAUCCUCCUAUUCCAAAGAGCAUGGCAAGAGUUUCUUCUCCAAUCUUUUGAAGAAGAAAACCAAGGCCAACGACUCCAACCACCCGUCUCCUGACCAACAUGAUGAUUCGUCGCCGACCACAAGUCCUGAAACCCGCCCGAAUGAGGCGUAUCUCCCUUACUCAAAGCCGGGCUUUAAUGCUAGCGACAUGUCGGUCGGAGAACGGCCAUCUACAUCGCCCACCAAAUCGAAGAAAUGGAUAUUUGUGACCAUGGAUGGCUCCAACUUCCGCCUGAUCGAUAUCACUGAAAUGGACUCAGUUGAGGCAAUGCGUGUUGGUAUAUGUCAGAACAUCGGGGUUGAUUGGACUAGCGCCCAGUUUUACCUCACAGAACCCGGACAAACCGACCACGAGGAUGCCAUGAGUGACGCAAAUCUCACGAACACUCGUCGAAGCAAGUCAGAUGCAUAUGGCUCCCUCAAACUCUACGUACGAGGAACCCUUUCGCAUCACAUAGCACCUAAUACUCCACGCUUCGAUGGCCUGGGUGUCUCUUUCCCGGAUAAGUCAAAUCUGUCUCCCACGGCAACCCAUCACCAGGUCCACAGGAAGCCGCUGGAUGAGGAUGCUCUCAACAGAAUAUCACCGCAUCGCACGGUACCAGACUCACCGUCCUUGGGCUCUCGACAGAGCACACUGAAGGCAUCACAUGUGAAGACUCCAACAGCAGACAGCACACCGGACCUGGGUCAAGGCCCUGGGCCUGACAAAUCAGAUCUGCUUGCCCGGCAUGAGGAGCACAUGCGGGAAGUUGAACGGAAGCAAAAACAAUAUCUACUUUCCAAAAUGCCGCAGUCUCAGCAAAACAAGAACGCUUAUGGAGAUACCGGGUACAGGCGCAACGAAGUCAUCGAUUUCGAUACUCCUCGAAUCUCACCUUAUGAUGAGAAAAAAGGAGAGUCGCUUGUGCCACUCCGCAAGCCCCCGACGGCGCCAGUCGAGUCGAACACCCUCACAAAGGUCAAUUCUCUUAGUAGGCGGCCUACCACGAGAGACUCCCGACCUCAGCAAUCAACUCCAACGCAUGGUCUCGGUGCUGCGAUCGCCAGCGUAGGCCGUAUUACAAGCGCCAUCGGCACACCGCUUCCUUCCGUAUCACCAUCUUCUACGGCCGCCGCUGAGACUCGAUAUAGUGCGAGCUCGGAAUCUGACCGACCCGGUACACUUGAUUCAACGGGUACUAUGUCAAGCAGAACAACUUUAGACUCUUCGAGACCUUCCUCGAAGUAUACUGCAGGAACCGAGAAAUCGCCAGUUCCAUUCGCCCAGCAAUCACCUGAAAAGACAUCUCAUGAUCAUCCGAGACCAGGAUUGCAAUCUCGCAAGUCGUUCGGUCCAGAAUUCGAUUUUGAGGAGAAUCCAGUCUCUUUCCAGCGAACUCCUCAGAUGCAACAGGAUUCCGAUAAUGACUCCGACGAUGACUCUGACGACGGCUUGUUCCAAGUUCGACCUUCAAGAGCACAGGAAGAAGCCAACGUAGCACCAAACGAGUCCGAGCCCGAAAAGAAGUCUGAGCGGCCAUCUCUGACGGUAAACACAACGAAUAAACUCAAACCAAGCCACUCUGUUAGAUUCAAAUCCCCGAGUACCGCCGGUCACAGCUCUGGCGGGGAAGCUUCUGAUGGCCGAGAUCCGUUCUCGAGCACCCGCGGGCCCGUCUCGCCUGAGGAUGAGAGACCUGGUCCCCGACGGGACUCAUUCGCCCCAGAUGUCUGGGCAAGCAGACCUGCUGUCGAAGGCGUUAUUGACCAUCUUGACGAUUUCUUCCCUGAUGUCGACCUUGACGCUCCUUAUCUUGAUGAACCAGCAUCACCAAGUAUCAGGGCCAAUGCCGAUCAUGAUGCAAACUUCAAGGAUAGAAAGGAAUUCCACCCGCCUAUGCCUCAGUCAACACCCACCGCCCCCAAUGCACAACCCACAGAUGCAGCAACUGUUAGGCCAUCGGGAUCCGAUGUUGUUGCCAAGCGCAAUAUCGCGCGUGGUGGCGGUGGUGGUCUAUCCCGCAUGAAAUCCAUCCGACAGGUGGCCCAGGGAGCAAAUAGGACGAAGAGCGUGAACGCGAGUGGACCUCAAAGAUCGGGUGAUCUCCUGCGCCGAAAGAGCACCAAAAUGUUUGGUGCAAAGAUCAUGCAGAUCAGGCCACGCCCUGGUAGUCGAAUCAGCCAGCUCGAUCCUAUCCCGCAGAACAGCAACCAGGUGGCGCCAAGCACUGGCGCUGUUCCCCAACGCCAACCCACUUUCCGCAUCAUUCGCGGUCAGCUUAUUGGCAAGGGUACUUUCGGCCGAGUUUACCUCGGCAUGAACGCCGACAAUGGUGAAGUUUUGGCAGUCAAGCUGGUGGAGAUCAACCCACGUAUUGCCGGUGCAGACAAGGACCGCGUCAAGGAAAUGGUAGCUGCCUUGGAUCAGGAAAUCGACACGAUGCAGCACCUUGAGCACCCAAAUAUCGUGCAGUACCUUGGUUGCGAGCGUGGCGAAUUCUCUAUCUCCAUCUACCUGGAGUACAUCUCUGGUGGCUCUGUCGGCAGUUGUCUGCGCAAGCACGGCAAGUUUGAGGAAAGUGUCGUGAGAUCACUGACUCGGCAAACUCUCGGUGGACUCGCGUAUCUCCACGAUAUGGGGAUCCUUCAUCGAGAUUUGAAGGCAGAUAACAUUCUCCUAGAUCUCGAUGGAACAUGCAAAAUCUCCGACUUUGGUAUUUCCAAGAAGACAGAUGAUAUUUAUGGCAAUGACUCUUCCAAUUCCAUGCAGGGCUCUGUCUUCUGGAUGGCUCCGGAGGUCAUUCAGUCCCAGGGCCAGGGCUAUAGCGCCAAGGUUGAUAUCUGGUCUCUUGGCUGCGUCGUUCUAGAGAUGUUCGCUGGCCGUCGUCCAUGGAGCAAAGAAGAAGCCAUUGGUGCCAUCUUCAAGCUUGGUAGUCUGAGCCAAGCUCCGCCAAUCCCAGAGGACGUGUCUAUGAACAUCAGCCCAGCCGCUCUUGCCUUCAUGUAUGACUGUUUCACGAUUGACUCGGCUGAACGUCCUACCGCUGAAACCCUACUCACCCGCCAUCCCUUCUGCGAGUCUGACCCAACGUACGAUUUCCUCGACACUGAGCUGUACGGAAAAAUCCGCGACCCGGCCUAA